AUGGAGCCGUCAAACAAGGCGUGUGACACAUGCUACCGCGCCAAGCUCAAGUGCGUGGGCCGCGAGGCGCCGCCGUGUGCGCGCUGCGUCGCGAACGGAACAGAGUGCACGUUCGACGGCCGACGUAAGAGCAAGAUCACGCAGGUCGAGGAGCGGGUCGUUGCGCUGGAAACUGCUCUGGAGGGUAUGCGGGCACACAUGGGCGUAAUGGAACGACAGAUCGAUGCGAUGGGCAACAAGUCGACCGAGCCUACGCCAGCUGUCCACCAGCUAGCGACAUACACGCCUCUUGCCUCCGCUGCCUCUGCCCCUCCCACCCACCCCGCUAUCCACCAUCUUACCCACCAUCUAAGCCAGGACCCCUCACACCACUCCUCACACCACUCCUCUAACCACUCCUCCCACUCCUCCCACCCUCCCGUCCCCGGACGCAAACGCUCGCGGCCGCGCGACUCGUCCUCCUCGGAAGUCGACGAAGACCCACUCAACGACAUAGCCCGCGGCGCCCCCCUCGAACGGAUGCUGGACCGCCGCACCUCCUCCCCCUGCAUCAAACACAUGCGACUAACCAUCGAACCCUCCCGCGCCGACCCCUCUUCCGACGCUGACGAUCCCGUCGUGGCAGGCCUGGUAACCCCCGCACACGGCCAGGCCCUCCUCGACGCAUUCUAUGCUCACUGCCACACGCCUAUCCCUGUCUUCGACCCGGCCACCGAUACAUGGGACGGGCUCCGGCGUUCUCCGUUCGCUCUAACGGCGGCAAUCAUGGUCGGGGCAAUGUUUGCGCGCGAGCCAGCCCUCCAGGCCAGGUUACAGGCGCACGCAGAGAAGCUUGCUAAGGAGACGCUGUUUGCUGGUGAUGGAGUCGAGGUUGUACAAGGCCUGGUUGUGUUGACGGCAUGGGGAGGCGGAUGGCGGACUGGCGGACAUCAAUUGAGGUUGGCGAUGGAGAUGGGGCUGUAUCGCUGCUUACCCCAUCUCGUACGUACCGACAUGGGAGCAGGUAAGGGGGAUGCGGCACUGGAGAUUGAGCGGCCCCUGGUAGUCGGAGCGAGGGUUUGGCUCGCAGUCUGCAAGGCCGAAUAUGAAAUGGCUUUCAACCAGGGUCGACCGCUGUUGAUCGGCGAGGAGAGCAGUGUUGCUUUGGGAAGACGCCUGCUCGACCAUCCCCUCAGUACGCGGGAAGACUCGCGUCUCGUCGCGGCCUGCGAGUUACUUGCCGGCCGCCAGAGAUCCCACUUGGCGUGGAGCGGUACCCCAGCCGUGUCUCUCGAAACGGCUGCUUUUGAGAUUGCGGCCGAUAACGCCUUCUUCGACGCAUGGCACGCAGACUGGAUGGCGUAUUAUGAUUCCGUUGGGGUUCCAAAAGGCCAUUUCCUCCGCGACCUUUUACAUUCGGGCAAAAACCAUUCGAUAUUACUCGUCAAUUCCCGUUUGUUGAGCGGUAUCGGCGCUCGGGCGGAUGUGGAAAGCCUCGCUCCAGAGCGCCGCACCGCCCUAUUGCGCAGCGUACAAGCCGCCAGUGCACUUGUACGCAUGGCAACCGGGGACACGGCGUACCGCGACUACUUUCUCAGCAUGAACUCUAUGACUCACGUGGCGAUGGCCUUUGCUGCCCGCCUCCUUAUCCGUUUCGCCGGACUGGUGCCUGACGCCGUGGACCUGCGACAGACAGGACGAGACAUCGAGGCGCUCGCUGGUGUAUUGAAGCGCGGUCCGGGGGGAGGACCACUCGCGGCGCAGAUCCAAGACGUUCUUCGACGCGCUAGGCGGCGUCGUGUCCUGCCUCCCCGAUCUCGUGUACCGUCACCCUCACUGGCCCGAGCCGAGCCCACGCCCGAAUCCCAGACCCACUCUGAGAUACUGGUCGACCGGGCCGAGGGUUUCGACUUUGGCGACUUUGCGUUCCCGGCCGACCUGUUUGGCGGGUUUAGUGAUGACGACGCGACGAAUAUCUUCCAGUGGCUCGGCGGGAACGGGACCGAUUGGGUAUCACCCAUCUAG